UGUGUGUGUGUGUGUGUUGGAGAAACACUGUGUGAAGCACUGUGAAGUGGCAGUGACAGCUGAAGGAUAAACCCCAGUUAGAAUGAGAGGCCAUUUGUUUCCACGAGUCACAGGAUAUACAGCAUUGGUCUGAAACCCCACUUCACUACUACAGACACAGGACGGUCUGAAACACAGCUUCACUACUACAGACACAGGACGGUCUGAAACACAGCUUCACUACUACAGACACAGGACGGUCUGAAACACAGCUUCACUACUACAGACACAGGACGGUCUGAAACACAGCUUCACUACUACAGACACAGGACGGUCUGAAACACAGCUUCACUACUACAGACACAGGACGGUCUGAAACACAGCUUCACUACUACAGACACAGGAUGGUCUGAAACACAGCUUCACUACUACAGACACAGGACGGUCUGAAACACAGCUUCACUACUACAGACACAGGACGGUCUGAAAUCCCCCUUCACUAUUGCAAACACAGGACAGAAAAACUUCACGACGUUAGACAAAGGACUCUAACUAUAGCCAGACAGCAGGAGAGACAAUUUUUUACAAGACCUACCUGUGCGCUAGUACUCUGAACAUGCUCUCUUCUGGUCAUGCUCUCUUUUGCUAGGAGAAGGACAUUAUUCCCUCUAAGCCCACCUGCUGCUAUGACAACUCCACAGGCAUUGUUAUCUCACCAUUAAACCAGAGGUGCCAAACACACCCUGAGUAUUGAGGAUCUCUGAGUAUUGAGGAUAUCGGAGGAUAUUGAGGAUAUCUGAGUAUUGAGGAUCUCUGAGUAUUGAGGAUAUCGGAGGAUAUUGAGGAUCUCUGAGUAUUGAGGAUCUCUAAGUAUUGAGGAUCUCUGAGGAUACUGAAGACCUCCAUUCAGUACAGGUCUACUGGGGUGGUGGAACCAGGAGGACUAUGGGAGGGAAGCCGUCCUCUUCCUCAGGGGGGGAAUUCAGCCAGGUGAGUGUGGCCGACAGCAGACGGAUGCCGGGUCGAGACCACAACCCCCCGGGGCUCUCCUCGGCCGCUGAGCAGAUCCGCAGGGCCACCACCACUCACUUCGGCUACACCCACCUGAGCCUGGCCCAGCGUGGCCUGGGCGUGGCCCCCGCGGCACUCUGGGAGCUGGCAGAGCUGGAGAAGCUGAACCUGUCCCUGAACUGUCUCACCAUCCUCCCAGCAGCCCUGGGGGCUCUGCAGAACCUGGUGGUGCUCAAUCUGUGGGGGAACCGUCUCACCAGUCUGCCGCCAGAGAUUGGCCUUUUGAGAAGACUCAGAGUGCUGUUUGCCUACCGCAACCACCUCAACGAGGUACCUGAAGAGCUGGGUUCCUGCACUAGACUCGAGGUUCUCAGUCUGGCUAAUAACCAGAUCACAGGAUUGCCCAACAGUCUGGCUACCAUGAGGAACCUGACCAAACUGAAUCUCAGCUACAACCAAAUGGCUCACAUCCCAACCUGUGUCUACAGCAUGAAGGGUCUGGAAUUUCUUCACCUGGCCUGUAAUCGUCUAGAGAACAUAGCAGAUCAGAUCCAGGACCUGGUGAAUCUCAAGAUCCUCAUUGUUGAGGGGAACUCAAUCCACUGCCUGCCCAAGACCCUCUGCUUCAUGGAAUCUCUAGAGCUUCUCAACGUGGACUUCAAUGACCUCCAAAGCGUCCCAGGAGAGAUGUACCUACUCAACAGGUUGGGGAAGCUAGCAUGCCAUCCUAUGGAUAAGGGACUACACAUUGUCCACAAUCCUCUACUCAAGCCCAUCCAGGAGAUACUACAAGGAGGCCUGAACGCACUGUUCAACUAUCUAAAACCUGGCUAAGAACAGCCAAAGUGUUUGUGUGAGAGACAGAGUGAAUGUGUUGUAGCUGUAUUGCUGGUGGCAAAUAAGCUAACCCUAAUUGUGAGCAUGCAGGGAUCAAUGUGAAAAAUCCCUGUGGUCACAGGACUCACCCAAAGACAAGACUUUAUCUGGAAAAUCUGUUCUGGUGAACUAAGAAACCAAGAUUAUCUCUGGGUGCCGAAGAUUACCAGGAUCAUGAAGGACGUACAUGUAUGAACAUACCUAAUUAGCUUGAUCAGCCAGGCUGACAAUGCCCUGACCACUGAUGAGUGACCAGGUAUGGUAUAGCACAUUAUACUCUCAAUAGUUAAGUAUAAUAUGGUCUUUUACUAUUCAACACUAACAUGGUCGGAUAAAAUCACGUUUACCUUCGUUUUCCUUGUCAUGUUUAAUAUUAAAUGUCGUUCAUAAUCUUUGAUUAAGGUAUACAUUCACAGUUCAUGUUUUGGGGAUACUGUGAGGGUUGGGGUGGAGUUUAUCCUCAGCACAGAGUCUUUUCGGGGGUUGGUCAUGACGAUCAGGUUUGGCUUGGGCCGAGGACAUGUAGGCAACAAUCAAUAUGGUGGUGGUGCUUGUUAAAGGUUUCAAUAAACCCUCAGCUCAGAGACCAGGAAGACCUCUUCACCAGCAAUGACUCACCUCAUCAAGCGCCUUUCUUGAUCUUCUUCAGUGCCAAGCUAACAGGUGUAAUCAGGAGGGCAUGCCCUGGCACACACUGAACCAUGUUGUUUCAUGACUGGAAGUGCGUUGUGUAGAAAAACUGAAUGGCCUGGCACUGACACUGUUGGCGAAGGACACCUUAGAUCUGACCCAGGUUUAGGUCAGCGACAGUCAGUUGUUCCCUAAUGCGUGACCCCACGAUUAUGACCCCAACUGGACCACGCAAUCAGCUGCCAUGACACGUGUGAGUGAGGGAGAGAUAUAUUUACAAUGACGGCCUGGCGAAGGACCCUGUGCAAUUGCACAAAGUAACUUUUAAGUUGCAUUCUGGAAUGUGGGUUCGAGCCUCAUUGCGAGCCAAAUCAGGAGGAAGUGGCUGUCGCUGAACAAGCGAUUUGUGUG